UGUAACACAGUAACCUGGCAUUGUGGCUGUGUGGAUAUCUCCAAACUAAACGGGGUUAUUUGCGGACAAGAACGCAUAGAACAAACAUAUUCCGCUUCGAUUUGUCGAGCCGUCGCUUGAGUUUCAUUUAAACGUGCACGCCAUGCAUGUCUUCUUUUAUUAUUUGGGUCGGAGUUUGGUCAAUAUGCGUGUAAUUGAGAGGAAAAGACAAUGUGUGCGGCUGAGAUAGGUUCGUCUGGUAAAUGACACUCAAUCGAGGAGAAAAGUCUCCCGGUGUUCCAGGUUUGAAAGGAGAAUAGCAAUUCGCGCUGGUGACAUAACCCUUCGAGCCAUGGAGCUGCUGGAUUGCCCGCUCUGCCGCUUCCUGAUGUGGGAGCCGGUGAGCACGUCCUGCGGUCACACUUUUUGCAGGAGGUGCGCCGCCACCUAUCUCCCGUCUAAAUGCCCCACAUGCAAAGAGAGGUUAAAACCGCGAGAAAUUAGGAGUAUGAAGAACAACGUUUUGCUUAUCGGAGUCAUUGAAAAGUGCUACCCCGAGGAUGCAAAGAUGAAGUGCCAUCUACAGGAGAAGCUCCGGACCAAACAGUACCAGGACGCUUUACGCGCUGCCAACGACGGGAUUCAACAGGUCCCAGAUGACUUGAGUCUGAAGCUGUACAGAGCUGAAGCAAACUGUGGACUGUUUCAUUUCUCUGAUGCUCUGACCGACCUUGACUACCUCUGCUGUCUUCGACCCAACUGGACUGAGGGCUUCUUUCGCAAAGGGAAUGUACUGUUGGAGAUGGCUCAGCAGACAGAAGCCCUCAUCCAGUUUCACCGUUGCCUCAAACUUCAAGCUGACUUUGUUCCUGCAAAGAAUCAGAUCAAGAAGGUCCUAGAAGCAGAGGGUAUAUCAGUGCCAGAGGACGCAUCCAGCCUCAUGCAGGUGUUGGCUGAUUACCUAAAAAAAGCUUACCCCAUUACAAGCCUUAGUGGCACGCAGGGGCCAACAUACCCUGAGGGCUUCAGACAUCCACAUGGCGACGCAGAGGGCAAAGAAAGGAGAGAAACAUACCAGAGCUCCAAAGCGAAGCAUGACGCAAGCACCGAGUGCUGCCUGAGCCUCUGCCAAGCUGUUUCCUUUCUCCCCGCCACUGAAGACGAUGAGGAGACGAUGACGAGGAAGGAGGAUGUCAAUGGCAGGGGUGCAAGUCUUAACUGCGGAGAUAAAACUCUCAGUGUCCUCUCUGUGUCAGACUUCGAGUGCCCGCUCUGCAUCAGGUUGUUUUUUGAGCCAGUUACCACUCCCUGUGGUCACACAUUCUGUAAAAACUGCAUAGAGAGGAGUCUGGACCACAACCUCCGCUGUCCACUCUGCAAACAGCCACUACAAGAGUACUUAAAAAACAGAAAGUACAACGUGACGGUGCUGAUUCAGCACAUCAUGGACUGCCUUUUCCCCACACAGUUGGCUGAAAGGAAACAGAUCCACGAGGCUGAGAUGGUUGAACUGUCAAACCUCACAAACGAUAUCCCUAUAUUUGUUUGCACUGUGGCCUACCCUGGUGUGUCCUGCCCGCUGCACAUCUUUGAGCCACGCUACCGACUGAUGAUGCGUCGCUGCAUGGAGACGGGAACUAAGAAGUUUGGCAUGUGCAGUUAUGAACAUGGCAAAGGCUUUGCGGACUAUGGUUGCAUGUUGGAGAUCCAUGGCCUGGAGCUGCUGCCUGAUGGACGGUCCUAUGUCGACUGUGUGGGUGGCAGCAGAUUCAGAGUCCUAAAGAGAGGCCACAGGGAUGGAUACCACACUGCUGAUGUCGAAUACUUGGAGGAUAUCAAGGUUGAAGGGAGUGAAUUAGAAAUUCUGCAGGAUCUCCAUGAUAGCGUCUACCAGCAGGCACAGGAUUGGUACCAACGUCUUGGCAGCCGCAUGAAAGAUCAGAUCAACCAACAGUACGGCACCAUGCCAGAUAUGGAUGAAAACAUACAGGCCUCACCCAACGGUCCAGCCUGGUGCUGGUGGCUGUUAUCUGUCCUCCAGCUGGACCCUGCCUAUCAAACCACCGUCCUCUCCCUCACCUCCCUGAAAGAUCGUCUGGGACACCUACGCCUCAUCCUUGAGUACUUCUCUCAGAGCUAAAUAUUUGAUGGCAUUGUGGUGCAAUUAAUGACAUAAAAGGGUCACGUAUUACACACACACACACAGAGAUAUGUUAAGUGAAUCUGAGAACCACCGAGCUCACUUAUAAAAACAUAUUUGGGCUGAACUACUCUGAAAAAGAGAGUGGCUGUUUUUAAUAUCGCAGCUCAAGGCCAAAUCACCCAGUUGUUAUUGAAAGCUGAGUUUCGUAUCACACUUUUUAUAAUUAACAUUGCAAGAAUGAACACACAUCAGUCACUUGCCAGGCCUGAAGAGUAUGCAAAGCUAUUGUUUGUCACAUACAGUUAAGCCCAAAAUUAUUACUGCACUAGCAAUACAUUGAAUUAAAGUUAUUUUUUUAUUUUAAAUAGGAUUCUUCUACUUGGAAAAGAUGGAAAAAAGUGGCAAAUGACUAAGAAGUUGUGUUAAUGAAAGUUGUUCAGCAUUUUCAUAGUUUUCCCACAUCUUCCACACCAAUGCAUUGUCCAUGCAACAUACAUGUUAAACUAUACCUGCAAACCCACAAAGCUUGCUGGGUAAUCUUGUAGUUAUUUAUUGAGGACAACUAAUAUGCAGUUUUGAGAAAAUAUCUGCCGCACCAUUCCUGGUACAUAACAUAUACUCUUGAGCAUUCAAAUCAUAUUUGCAUUGAAUAUGCCUGUAUUAAAAAAAAGUACAAAUGUUUCCAGUAGCAUUUGUUUUCUCUUUUCUCAUAACAAAGAAGCCUUUGCCACUUUCUUGUGUCAAUUUCUGCUAAAAGUCAUUAUGACAUAAAAAUACACUUUUAACUCAAUCAUUUGGGCUUAACUACGUUCAUUUUCCAAGUGCAGUAUGUGAGAAUUGUGGAAACAGGGCACUAGGUGUCACUGUUUCUCUCCUCUUUUUACACAAAUGAAAUGACCGGCCAGGUAGAACUGAAUCCUAAAAUGUUCUGAAUGACAUUUUCAAACCCCCGUUGAAAUGCACAUGGAGCCAAAAGUGUUUUUUUUUCAGGACUAUGCACAUUAGGAUUUUGAAAAAAGAUCAUUAUUAAUUGCUAGUUACUGCUUUUAGUCUGCAGAAUAAUUGUCUGAUGCUCAUAUGUUGUUGUUGGUUGUCUGCCUUAGCUUUGGCCUCUACUCUUUUUUACUUAUAGCCGUAUUUGUAUUUGUGAUUAUUGCAAUAAUAAUUUAUAAAGUGACGCGUAAAGGCACCUACAGUACCUAAAGACCCUUUUCUUAUGAAUGAAAGCCAUGACCUGGCUGCUUUAACAGAUAGUUUGUCACUGUGGUGGUGGGACAAAAACGUACAUGACUUCAGCUGUUGAGUUUUUUUUUUUUUUUGUCCUGUCCAGCCAUUGGGGCUACUGUGUUCUAAAUGCCCUUACAUGCUAACAGAUUUGCUCUGCCAGGGAAAAAGUGGAAGAUAGUCUUCCCCUGUUAUAGAGAUUUUAAUUGACUUUAUUUGAUGUUUAUUGUUAUGCAAAUUGGGAGCAGACGGACCGGAGCAGGAGGGUAUAGAGAAGAAGGGAAAAGAAGACCGAGGGGGGAGUGUGGUGACAGGGAGGGACAAUACAGAGAGAGACGACAACAACAACAACAGCAACAACAGCAAUUGCAAUGAUAACAACAAAACAACAGAAACAGGACUACAUCAGCAAAUGUGUAUGACUGCCAUUAUGACCAUAAUGGAAAUGACAAGAUAAGUACGGAUGCCCACCGAUAAUAUUGGUAUCGAUAUUAGCAUAAAAAUGUCAUAUCGGUAGACAUCGGUAUCGGAUUUUUUUUCCCCCGAUAAUGAAAACCGAUAUUAAAAAAAUGCUUGACACCA